CACACCGGAGAGCUCGAGUACUAUCGUAUCAAGCCCUAUUUCGACUUGUUCUACGAUAAUGAGCGAUAGGGAUUAUGAUGACGAUGGUGAUCCUGGUGGUAUUGGUGGUAUUGAUGGUAUGUCAUCCAGCGCUCCGAUUGUAUUUUAA